AUGCUGAUGAGCAAGUACAAUUAUUCUGAUGGAUUUAGUUUAUCUGAACAAGAUGCUGUAGAACUAGCUACACAAUUACAAGUAGGCAAAUCAAUCAUUACUUUCAAUGCUGAUCAACUUCGUCGAAUCUGUUAUACUCUUCUUGCAUUACAUGAAACAUUUCGACGACAUGUUCUAUUUAAAAGCGAUGUUCCUUUAAAAGAACCAACAUUGAAUUCGAAACAAAUGGCUAUGGCAUUGGAAUUCUAUCUACAAAUAGAUGCUGAAUCUCGAUCUAACAUUGAAGGUCUAUUCUGUGGAAGUGAUGAACAUCAAGCAAGAUAUGCAUUGGUUCCAUGUGCUGAUCUCUUUUGUUCAUGUUGUCUUCCGUUACAUACUUACAAGAAAAGUCAACCAUGGCCUAUCGUUGAUUUUACUUCAAGUUCAAUGCAUCGAUUUCUCAACGGUUAUACUACCUAUCUCAAUUGUUCAGCAACAUGUACUACAUCAAACAUAGUCUAUGUUAUGACAUGUCCAUGUGGUCAUUAUGAUUAUGUUGAUUCAACAGCAAAAACAUUGGCUGAUGCUAUGGUUUGUAAGAAAGAAAUGGCUAAUCAGAUGCGUCUCUAUCAACAUUCAGCUCGAUGUCCAGCAGCACUUCGCUCAUUUCUCGAUUGCAAUCCCAUGUAUUGGUGUUUUAUUCCUCAAUCAUGGAACGUAGCAUUGGAAGAAAAUGUUUCUUAUUUUCCAAAUGCUUCCACUACAGAUCCCAAUCUAGCUGCUGUGAUGGCAACUACUGCCAUAGACAAUCGUAGAGUAGCUUUUUAUCUAGACAAUGUACCAUUACCACCAGCUGCCUAUGCCUUCUCAUAUCCACAGAUACAAAAACAGCGUUCAUUUUUCGAGCAAUUUGUUGCUUACUCUAUUCAUCAGCGACCUUAUAUUGACUUAGACUUGUAUAAGGUGGCAAUCAUUGCUGUUCUAUCAGAUGAUUGUUCGAUAAUAUUACGAUACAUUAUCGAAACAUUGUUUAUUAUUCAUGGUGAAACUAAAUUGAAUAUGAUUUGUCCGCUUGGCGGUGAUGUUGAAAAACGCUAUGGUCGUCCCUAUGAUCUUGUUUGGCGUGCUAAUUUGAAUCAUUCAUCGACAUGA